AAUAUGUUUAUUAUACAUAUCCGUGGUGAUAUGUGAUAUGUUAACUGAAAUUAAAACUUGUAAAAACUACUUGUUAUUAUUUUAAAUUUUGAAUAAUUUAAUUUUUUUUUACGAACCACCUUAAGGUAUCUAUUAACAAAAUCAUGAACACAGCAUAUACACCAGGUACUGUUCCAACAGCACCUUAUGGAUGGAAUCAACAGACAAGUGUUUCACCGGCAAGUCCUUACACUCCUCAGCCUGAAUUUGUGAAAGCGCCGUAUGAACUUAUUACAACUGUUGUGCCUGUUGGUCCACAUAGUACUCGUUUGGUUUGCUUUAAUUGCCGAAGAGAGAUAACCACUAAUAUAAUUAAGAAGCCAAGUACAAUGGCUUAUGUGUCUAGUUUAUUAUGCUGUAUAGUGGGAUGUUUUUGGGGUCCAUGUUUAAUACCAUUUUGUAUGGAUCAAUGUAUGAAUAUUGAACAUAAGUGUCCUAAGUGUGAAGCAUAUUUAGGAAGAUAUCAAUAUUAGAUUGAGCAAAUUUUUUUUACAAGAUGCAUAUUAUUUAACAGUGUUAUUUUUACAAUAACCUAAUACACUAAUUCUUCCUAAAAAAAAGGUAGCUUUUUUGAUAGAUUUAAAAGACAUUAUGUAUACUUAGUAUUUACUAACAAUUUUUGGGUUUGGAGAGGUGAAGUCUUUUUGACAAAUUUGUUCUCUGUAACUUAUAUUAUGUGCCUUAAUAGUAUUAAUGGAAAUCUAAAAUCUCAAACUAUUUUAACUAUUUUUAUUAAUAUAAAUAUUGUAAAAUUACUAGAAUUUAGUUACCUCAUGUUAAUAACAAU